UCUCGCCGCCUACUGGGGGCUCCAAUGCAGCUGUAUUUCCCGGCAUGCCCCGGGCGGGGUUCCGGUGAUAGAGGCAAAGAGGGAUCCUGUGACAGGCUGCCGCUCUCCUGUCCUUGGACCGCUCCAUGUUCGUGCAGGAGGAGAAGAUCUUCCCCGGCCGGGUGAUCAGACUCCAUGUCUGCACCAUGGAGGGGGCGGAAUGGUUGGAAGACGUGACAGAGGAAAUGACACUCGAGAGGCUGAAGGAGCAAUGUCUGAGACAUUGUGCGCACGGGAGUCUGGAAGAUCCCAAGGUCCUAACGCAUCAUAAGCUGGUCCAUGCUGCAUCAGAGCGAGUCCUGUCUGACGCCAAGACUAUCGCAGAAGAAAACCUUCAGGACAGAGAUGUCCUGCUAUUGAUUAAAAAGCGGGCACCGCCUCUACCACCAAAGAUGGCCGAUGUUUCUGCAGAGGAGAAGCGGAAGCAGGAACAGAAAGCACCAGACAAGGACGCCAUCCUGAAGGCCACUGCUGGUCUACCUGUUCGCAAUGCAGACCGUUCCGUGGCUCAUCACAACAUGAGAGAUUUUCAGACAGAGCUUCGGAAGAUUUUGGUGUCCCUUAUUGAAGUUGCACAGAAGUUGUUGGCUCUAAACCCCGACGCUGUUGAACUCUUUAAAAAGGCGAAUGCCAUGUUAGAUGAAGAUGAGGAGGAUCGGGUGGAUGAAAUAGCUCUAAGGCAGCUGACAGAGAUGGGAUUUCCUGAGAGUAGAGCGGUGAAGGCCCUCCGGUUAAAUCACAUGUCAGUGACACAGGCCAUGGAGUGGUUGAUUGAGCAUGCAGAUGAUCCAGCAGCAGACACUCCUCUCCCAAAUGAAAACAUGUCAGAAGUGGCGGGAGAUUCUGCCUCAGCUGACCCCAGAACCAGCUUAGGAGCCACAGCAGAGGAGCCUACAGAUGAACUCACAGAAAUCUUUAAGAAGAUUAGAAGGAAAAGAGAAUUUCGGCCUGACCCUCGGGCUGUCAUUGCUCUGAUGGAGAUGGGCUUUGAUGAGAAAGAAGUGAUUGAUGCACUGCGUGUGAACAACAAUCAGCAGGAUGCAGCUUGCGAGUGGCUGCUGGGAGACCGAAAACCAUCCCCAGAGGAGCUGGACAAGGGAAUUGACACAGCUAGUCCUUUAUUCCAAGCCAUCCUAGACAACCCUGUUGUACAACUAGGCCUAACCAACCCUAAGACCUUGCUAGCAUUUGAAGAUAUGCUUGAAAAUCCUUUAAACAGCACACAGUGGAUGAAUGACUCUGAAACAGGUCCCGUAAUGCUGCAGAUAUCUAGAAUUUUCCAGACCCUAAACCGCACGUAGAAGGCAAUGUCACUUCUGAAGAGUCGCCUUUGCUUCAUCAUGUCCCUGGGACUUGGGGAGAGAAUGCCAAAAUCUUACUGAUUGCAUUGUUAUAUUUUUUUUCCAGUUCUGGGCCCCUGUCAUUUAUUCAGCUCAGGAGAGUGUGAGUGUGAAGUUUCUUUAAUCACAAAAACCACUUCGAUUUGUGAGCUUGUUGGCGUUGUUUUGUGAUUUAGACUGAGCAGCCGUUAAAGUGCAAGUUCACCUUU